AUGGACGAGGGCGCGCUGCGGGGACUGUGUCGGCGGCCGGCGGUCAAGGCUCGGGCCGGGCAGCUUGAGGCUGCCAUUGAAUGGAUACGGGCGCGAGAGCCAGCGGAGCGAGAGAUGGUGGUGGCUCGGCCCGUGAACGGUCAGGGUGACACGUUGUUGCACUUUGCCUGUCGCAACGCGCACGCGGUGGAGCUCGUGACCGCACUGCUGCAGCUGACCACUGACGUGGCAGUGGCGGCGGCCGUCAACCGCCGCAACAAGGUGGGCCACACGGCUCUACAUGAAGCGGCACUGAGUGGGGCUGCUGACCUCGUGCCGUUGCUGCUGAGCUGCGGCGCAGAUGUGAACCGGACCAAACAGGCAGACUGGACCGCUCUCCACUUGGCGGCCUCCCGCGCAGAGAACCUCGCGACGUUGCUGGCUCUGCUCGCAGCACCCGGUCGCCGGGUGGAUCUUCAGAACCGUGAUGGCUGGACCCCGCUGCACGUUGCCUGCCAACAAGGUGAUGCCCAGAUGGUCUCGGCCCUACUCUCCGCCGAUCCCACCCAGGUGGGCGUCAUGAGCACAACGGGCAGUUCGCCUGUCAUGACAGCCGCCUUGCAUGGCCACCAAGCGACCGUACAACUCUUACUCGCGCAUGGCGCCAGCCCGACACACGAAAACUCUUCUGGUUGGAAUGUUUAUGCCUCGGCCGUAGCCGGUGGUCAUCAUGCUCUGCUAGCGUUUCUCCGAACGGCGGAUCCGGAACAGUUUCGCGCCGUUGUUCAGGGCUACCGCAACGCCCUUGGCCAGAGCCUCCUGCACAUGGCAGCUCAUAUUGGCGAUGGUGACGUCUUCUUCGCGACCACGCCUGCCGACGCGCUUGCCACCCUCAUUCUGCUGCUCUCAGAAAACCAAACUGUCGAAGCCUUGGGGGCGCGCGACAAGUACGGUGCCACGCCUCUGCACCUAGCCGCCAAAGCCGGGCACGCGGCCCAUGCUCGUACCUUGCUGAAGUACGGCGCUGACCCCGAAGCUCGGGACCACCGCGAGAACACUCCACUUAUUCUUGCCGAACGCUUUCAGCAUGCAGAAACCGCCCGCAUUCUGCGAGCGGUUGCGUCACCCCUUCAAUCCAAGGACACAGUCAACUAG